CAGCAGCAGCAGCAGCAGCAGCAUCAUCGUCUGCAUCAGCAUCAGCAGCAGCGGAGGAGGAGGAGGAGGAGGAGCAGCAGGAGGACACGCAGAGAAGGAGAUCCGAGCGCAUCCCAAAGUUUGAGGCUGCAGCUUGUCCGGGAACAGAAGACACAGUUGGAGCAGAUUAUGGAGAAUCAGGUGGUGAUUUAGAAGAAGCCCCAGAGAUUCUGCGGCUAAACCAGCAAUAUCUGACCAUAAGAAGUCACAUCGUUAACAUCCUUCUGUCAUGUCGAGACAGCUGGAGGAGCUGCGUGGACAGAUUCUGCCUUCACUGGACUAAAGGUUGAACCGGAUGGAGCCACUUUUCUUUUGACUGACACCAAACACAGAAAACCUUUAGCUUCCCAUUCAUUUCCUACCUCUUGCUGCUGGAAGGGAGAGAGGUUGUUUUUUGAGGAGAUCAUCCCAAAGGGAAACAGUGAAAGUAACUCAUAACAACACCUGACAGCUCUCUGACCCACUUAUCACGCUUCAGCUAUCGGCACUGAAGGAGAAGAACUUUGGGUAUUUAGCAGGAAACUUCAGCGAUGAGGUGAUGCGCUGUUUAAUAUUCAGGGCCAUUGAUCGGCUGACCUCGUGUUAUAAUUAGCCACACACUUACACUUAUACAUGUGCGCUCACAGAUAAACACCUGCCAGCCUCUGCAGAUGCUUUAAAUAGCCUUGUGGGGUUUUUAUAACACUUGUGUCUGGCUCGUGGUUCACUGACAUAACACCCAGUCACACGGAUCAACUGCAAUACACAUGGUGUUAGAUGCCCACGUGUGUACACCAUUAGCUCCCGCAUGGAACACUGACCUUGACUGUGAUCAGAAGUGUUUGUGUUUGGAUGAGCACGAGGUAGCGUCACAUCCUGUCUGCUCAGAUUAAGAGUGAGAACUGACGUGGCAGAGAAACAAAAACAUUACUGUCAGGUGGGCCGCUCAAGCUAGAAGCCAUAGAUUUCCAAAUAAUGUGACACUAAAAGUUAGUCAAUAUUAACUGGAAAUUGUGUGUGUGUGUGUGUGUGUGUCUGUCACAGUGUCAGAGCACAUUAAGGCCAGACAUGUUUGAGUCAUGUCACGCUGACUGACCUUGAUUUGACAAAAUAAACUGGCCACCAGAGGAAACCGUUCUUGUUAAUUAUCUGCUGAAUUAGGCUGUUAAACUUCAUCACCCAACAAACAGGGUCUACAAUAUAAAAACUUGUAAAGCAUCUUUUUUUUUUUCUGCCUCUCAAUCAAACUCCCCGUCUCCAGUUUGGCAUUUUCACUGCACUGACCCUCAUGAGCACCUUCACUUCUUUCUCAUCAACUCCUCCCAACACACCAACCAUCCAGUCAGUGUGUAAGCCCUGCCUUCGGGUCCCGUGGAGGAUGAAUGAUGUGCCCACUCUUGACUAUGAGUUGCUGCUGUCCCCGGCCAGCUCCUCUCUCCCCGGCAGUCCUGGUGGUGGCAGCAGCAGCCCCCCUUUGGUCCUGGUGGGUGUGGACGCUGAGCAGCGUACUGCCUUGGCCUUCGUCGGCCUCCUCAUGCUUUUCCUGGUCUUCCUGCUGGUCAGGUGCUUCAGGAUCCUGCUGGACCCCUACAGCCGCAUGCCUGCAUCAUCCUGGACUGACCACAAGGAGGGGCUGGAGAGGGGUCAGUUUGAUUAUGCACUGGUGUAGGGUGAUGUUUCAACAGGGUGUUGAUGUUUCAUGGUACACAGACAGGGUAGCAUACAUAGUGGAACUUAGAAUUGGACAUGGAAAGUAACGUGAAUGCUCUGUAAGGGGGAGGUUUGCCUGAUGUAACUGCAGUCUGUGUAAAUAUGAGGCUGCAGUAUCUUAUCCAACUAUAACAAGUCUGAUUCAAUACGAGCCACACCCUGCAAGGCAAGCACUCACCCAAACCCAAGUGUGUGAACAUGGAGAAAAAAAACAAAAACCCCUGAAAUAAUAAGCUGCACAGCUGCCUUAACCUGAACUAAUGUAUGAGGCUAACAUUACAACAUCACUUUAGGGCUAGGUUUUACAAAUUCCAGUGCUUUUCGAUCACAACGUAGUUUGACGCCUCAUUUGUGAUGAAGACACAGGAGUUUACACGGAAGCAGAUGCCCCUUUAACGAAUCAAGGUCCAUUACAAAGUGUCUAUAACAUAGAUUCUGUGUCAGUGCUGAUUAAGUUGCACAAAGCCUCGACGUGUUUCGACGUUAGAUAUCGAUCCCGCAGUUUACGUCUCCAAGAAAUCCCGUCCGUGUAUGUUUCGUGUUACCGUCUAUAACCAAGAAGCCAUACUGAAAAUAUAUAAUCUCUUAUUACUGCAAGUAGAAUAUUUCCUGUCCUUUGCUUUAGUUAGCCUGCCAAGUGUGGUGAUGAAGCAAACUACUUUUAGGCAAAAAAGCUUUAUUUUUCUAUUCCUGACUCAGGUUUGGGAGUCUCCUUUUUGCUAUUUUCCUCUCUCUGAAGCGAUCCUUAGACAGUAGGUUUUUGAAGUAGCCAUGCAGUCAUGAGGAAGCAAAGCAGGUAGCUUUGCUUGUUUGUGUUUUGUAAUCACGUCUUUUUCUGACCGUCUGCUUUGGUUUUUGAUACCCUUCAAUACAUCGGUGAAAUUAAAGAUCCGACAGACUCUAUGGAGGGUCCUCACUGUUCAAUGUUGGAGAUGAAAUAAAGUCAUUAUUAUUUCUCAUCACGUGUCACAUUUGUCAGCCAUGAACAAAGACAAAAAAGGAAAAACUCAGGCACACAGGACUUAAAAAUAUAACCCACAAUACUUUAUUGCCAUUUAUGUCAUUGGACAAAAGUGUACAAUUUUAUAUGAAUUGCUGUAAUCUUACAGACUGCCAGAUGGUUUGCUAAAUCUUUGGUGUUUGUCUUGCACAAAGAUGAUCAUAUUAAAAGAAAUUCCACAAUG